AUGGCUGCUUCAAAUGCCCGACAUGCUCUGGUUCUGGGCGCAUCAGGCAUAUCAGGCUGGUCGUUCAUCAACCAGCUACUGCAGGGCUAUCCACGAGCCGGCACUUGGAGCCGUAUUACCGGAGUGACUCGGAAGCCGAUGAGCAGAGAGGAAGUCUCCUUCUGGCCUCAGAGUCAUGAAGACCCAGCAUUUCGCCUUGUAUCUGGCUUCGAUAUCCACAAUGACCAGGAGCAGACAUUGAUGGCAAAGUUUCAGAAGGAAGUGACAGAUAUACACACAGUGACACAUCUAUAUUAUCUCGGUGCGUGGUGUUUUAUCGCAUCCUUAACGGGAUCAACACUUGCAGGAAUACCUAAUGUGCUGACAUCUUUCGUUGACUUGCCAGUACAAGACCCUCCAUCUAAUUACGACGAUGACGAACCAUUUGCAGCAAGCCUCAAAUCUCUCCAGAAAACAGUGACGGUGAUUGAAAGCCUUGCCCCGAAUCUCGAGUUUAUUCACCUUCAAUACGGCACCUUUAUAUAUGGGGUGUGUUUCACCGAGGAAUUUUACCACACUGCUCCUCUUUCGGAGUCGUUGCCCCCAUUGCGAAAGCCACUUCUUGACAGGCUUCACUACCCAGUGUGGACAAAAUGGAUGCACGAAUACUCAAGAGACAAGCCAUGGAAGUGGUGUGAAACGCGGCCAGAUGAAGUUAUAGUCUACCCCAUUGCUAUGUUCUUAUCAUUGUAUAGAUUUAUCAACGGGAAAAGUGCAGCAUGUCCGUUUCCUGGUAGCUUCGGAACAUGGAAAGCCCUCGCGAGUGAUGCCGGAGCUGAUAUGAUCGCAAAGGCCUCUAUUCACUUGUCUCUACAUCCUAGCCCAGGGAUCAAAGGAGAAGGGUUCAACGUAGCAUCUUCAGAAACACCGUGGAGCUGGGAGAUGAAGUGGCCACCCCUUUGCGAAUGGUUUGGGCUCAUUGGAGAGCCACCAGUGGAUAAUGAGAAGAGUAAAACGUCGUCACCAGGACCUGACAGGUAUAUUCAAUCGCAUGAGGCGGAAUAUAAGCGUAUGAUACAAGAGUACGGUCUAAAGGCUUGGAAUGUUGCUUCCCCAUCUAUGGAUGGUUCAGAGAACUGGGGUUUGACCAAGCUAAAUUUCGACCGGCACCUCGACCUCCAGAAGUUAAGAUCCACUGGCUUCAUGGGAGAUGAGAGUCCACGAGAUACGUGGAUUAAUGUCCUGGAGUUGAUGAGAGCAGCGAGGUUUAUUCCAUGA